GUCGUUUUUGAGCAAACACGAUUCACACUUCCUUGCAUUUAUUUCUCGCGCUUUUAUUGUCUUCUCCUCAAUAAGAUCCUCACAGGUGCUGCAAGAAACCUCUACGAUUGGCUCAGAGUCGCCACUCUCUUUAGCAGGCGCGUGAAAUAAAUUUUAAAACGUUCUUUAUUUUGUCUGAAUUUGGAUCAUCAUUAGCUUUAGCUUUUGGAUUUCGAAUUUAAAUAGCGAGGGAAUUCAAUUCAAUUAUUGAGUGGAAAAGGCUCUCGAAAAGACUGGAUUUUUCACCUAUCUUUUUGGGUUUUAAUCGAAACCCUAUUUUCUUGUUUAUUUGAUUGAAAUUAAAGACAAAGGAAAGAUGGGAUUAUGGGAAGCUUUUCUCAAUUGGCUGCGAAGUCUCUUUUUCAAGCAAGAAAUGGAGUUGUCUCUGAUAGGACUUCAGAAUGCUGGGAAAACAUCGCUUGUUAAUGUCAUUGCAACUGGUGGAUAUAGUGAAGACAUGAUCCCAACAGUAGGAUUUAAUAUGAAGAAGGUAACAAAAGGUAAUGUCACAAUAAAGUUGUGGGAUCUCGGAGGUCAACCAAGGUUUCGCAGCAUGUGGGAGAGAUACUGCCGCGCAGUUUCAGCUAUUGUAUAUGUUGUAGAUGCUGCUGAUUUUGAUAAUUUGUCUGUCUCAAGAAGUGAACUUCAUGACCUUUUGAGUAAGUCGUCACUGAAUGGUAUUCCCUUGCUGGUGCUGGGAAACAAGAUUGACAAACCAGGAGCUUUGUCUAAAGAAGAUUUUACAGAACAAAUGGGGCUCAAGUCUGUUGCCAAUAGAGAAGUGUGUUGCUUCAUGAUUUCAUGCAAAAACUCCACUAACAUUGAUACAGUUAUUGAUUGGCUAGUAAAGCAUUCGAAAUCAAAGAAUUGAGUGUCGGUCGCUGUACUUAUAGUGGUCAGUAUGACAAUUUUAAGUAGCUGAAUUUCAGCUUUGGUUGAAGUGCACUUUUACUGUGUCUAACAGGGUUUAUUGAUGUCUUGACUAUCAUAUUUUAUGCAUGGCUUUAAUAGCAGUGCGUUUCAUUUGGUUUGGCAUCCAGUCUUUGAUGACACCCUUGUAUUUCUUGUUGGGUGCAAACUGGUUUGAUUUGCAGUGUACAGAUAUUUGUUUAUAAUUUGCAGAGUAAACAUGCUACAUUUGAUGUGGUUUUGAGUGGAUUAAUGUUUUUCAUAAAA